AUGCUGGUCUCAAAGCUUCAAGGCAGAGACUCAAAGUCUACUGACGGCAACAAGGCCAACGAAUCAAAGCGAAUCACCGAGGACGUUUGGGGCCUUGAAGACGAGGAGGACGUACUCUCAGUAGCCGUACAAGUCGUCCCAGCUCCUUGCCGCGGCAACCGGCAGCAGACCGUCUCCUACCCCGAGCCAGAUGAGGCGCCAAACCUAUUCGAGGGCGUCAAGUUACCCGUGCAGGAAGCUUGGGUACGAUAUGCAUCCAAAGAAUACGAUCCCGAACAACGCAAAACCGGCCCUACACUCGAACAGCGACUCUCGACCCUGCUCCACCAAUUUCCCCCCCAAAUCAUUGCGAAAGCACCAAAUAUGAAGGGGAGAGAUUGUUCCUGGUGCUCUCUCUCACCUUAUGACGCCAGCUUUGAGACCUUCCGCAAUGCUUCCAUGCUGGACACGAUUUUCUCUUCUUGGGUCGAUUGCGGGUAUAACAAAGACCAAUGGCGGACAACAAUCAACGCCUAUCUGCCCACUUUGAAGGAGCACGACUCGCUUAUUGGGAAGAGGUCCAACAGCCUUCAAGGACUGCACUGCUUGGAGGUUUGGAGGGACGAGUGGCCCACGCUACUGAACGAGUUCAACGCCAAGGCCAGAGCAGAGAUCAUCAAGCAGGCUAGAAAUUGGAUUCAUCUCAAAUGGAGAUGGGCCCCUUGGUUCAGCUCGAACAAGCUUUGGAAAAGCGGGCUGGUAGGCGCAAAAAAGCUCAAGGGUGAUCAGGAGGGAGGCCCGUGGAUCGUAUUCAAUCCUAAGUUCCGGAAGGCCUCGCGUAGAUAG